AUGAAUGCAAAUCAGACUGUCGUCCUUGAUUUUCUCAGAGGCUCAAUGGAGAACGAACACAAAGCUAGAUUACCUAAACCUCCAACCAGGUUACAGAAACAGGCGCCGGCGAGUCUUCAUCUCGAUCAACUGUCAAGCGUCUCAAUGUCUUCUGGUAGUGCCGACACUUGUUCGAAGGCGAUUCUUCCUCUCCUAUCGCCACUCCCUUUAUCGCCUCAACCGUUGCCUGAAAUUGACGGAAAUAGAAUAUCCGCGAACGGAAAUGCCGCAGACGGCGGCGGUGGUAAUGGCGAUCAAAGAGGUAUAGGUUUUGCAGCUCCCGGUGGCUGGCAACAUCCGGCAGUGGCGGCGACAUUCCCCGAUCCUUCCACAUUGUUUACUUUCUUUCAAUCACAAUGCAUUGUAACCAGUAACACACCGUAA